CCGUGAGCGAUAACGCCUGUGCGCUCCGAUACGUUGCAGUCUGAGGUGCAGCCUGACUCAAGGCGAGAGUAACGGAGCAGAACCGCUGUCCAUCUGGAUCUGGGUCUGGAUCCGGGUGAUGAGAGCCACGAAGAGCAUUGUUUUGACGGCGUCAUCUUGUUUUUCACUGCAUCAUCAAAACCGCUCUCGGUCUCCUUCGCAGCAGAACUGCGGCUCUCUCCAACUAUGGAUUGCUUAAUUGAAGUUGGGCCACCCGAUCCUGUUUGCGCCAGGGCAUCCCCGUGAUAUUUAGCGAAAGGAGAGAAGUCGUUAUGAGCAAGUGUGAAAGCGGAGGAUUUCCUGCGCAGAGGCAGCAAUUUCAUCCUGAGGACACCACAUUUUCAUUGUGCGUAACGGUCAUCGAUGCGACGGAGCUGUUUGCAACUAAGUGAAAUAAUUGGCGCAAUGUACUAGUAGUUACAGAGAGACUCCUUAGUUAGUGUAGAGAGUUUUGUUUGUGAGAGCUUUUAUUUCUCUCUUGUGCGUGCAGACUGAUUACGCACCACUGUUUUAGCUGCUCCGCGGUCGGGAUCUGGAACUGUGAAGCUUUUGAACUUUUCUCUGCAACUAUUUUAUUUUAUAGCUGCACCUAUGGCUUUGCCGGACAGUGGCAUAUCUGGAGAGGAGAUCCCUUUCCCAGAAAUAAUAGAGCUCAAUGUUGGCGGCCAGGUGUACAUAACGCGCUACUCUACCCUCACCAGUGUGCCAGACUCUCUGCUGUGGGAGAUGUUCAGUCAGAAGUCAACCAAAGGGCUGGCCAGGGACACCAAGGGGCGUUUUUUUGUGGACCGUGAUGGUUUCUUGUUCCGCUACAUCUUGGACUACAUGCGGGACCAGCAACUGGUUCUCCCGGACCACUUCCCGGAGCGCGGGCGUCUGCAGAGGGAGGCUGAGUUUUUCAACCUGCCGGAGCUCGUCAAGCUGCUGGCGCCCAAAAUCAGCAAGCAGAACUCGUUGGGGGAUGAGGGGUGUCCGAGCGACCCGGAGGACUCCUCACCCGGGAUCGACUCAGCGCGCAGCCUGGGCUCCCUGGGGGCCGCGGCGGCCGCCUGCGCCAGCCUGGUGCCCGGUGCCAUGGACGGGAAGCGCUCAGGGUUCAUCACCAUCGGCUACAGGGGGUCGUACACUCUCGGCCGCGACAGCCACACCGAUGCCAAGUUCCGCCGGGUGGCACGGAUCAUGGUGUGUGGGAAGACCUCCCUGGCCAAGGAGGUGUUCGGAGAGACCCUAAACGAGAGCCGUGACCCGGACCGCCCCCCAGAACGCUACACCUCCCGCUACUAUCUGAAGUUCACCUUUUUGGAGCAGGCCUUUGACAAGUUGGCAGAUGCAGGCUUUCACAUGGUGGCUUGCAACUCCACAGGAACCUGCGCCUUUGCCCAUGAACAGACGGACGACAAGAUCUGGACCAGCUACACUGAAUAUGUGUUCUACCGUGAGUGAGAUUAUCGCUUUAUUCCCCUGGCCCCCUUCACCCUGUCUCCAAGAGACCACCCCCUCUCCUCCAGCCUCCAGCCAUCCUGUCUUAUUUCUCUGAUGGCUUUGUUCCAGUAGAUGUACUGUAGAUGUUGUGUCCCCCUCCCAGCCCCAUUUUUCUUUGCGACCUCCAGCUUUUUUCCUUUGAACACUACCCAGCUGCUGCUCCGACUCUUCAUACCUCCCUCUGCAAGUCCAGUUUGAAGCUUUCCCUUUCAACCCCAAAUCCACCCUGGUCAUCCUCAAGUUGCCCUCUCUUCUGUCGCCCGCCCGUCUAGUUGUAGUUCCCCAAAAACUCAGCCACAGCAAUCCAUCACCCCUCUCUGCUGAGACUGAUGCCUUCUAUGUAUUAUUCUCCUUUGUAUCCUGCAUAUAAAUAUCUACUAAAUUUGCCCUGGUGAAGCACAAUACUGUAUUUUCCUAAAAACAUAGCCAGAGUGUGGCUAUUAAACGCAGUCAUAAAGGUAUAAAGAAAAGGGCUGAAAGAGUUGUAGUAAUGUACUAAGCUACUCUUCCCCUGCUUACUCAAGCAGAUCGGACUCUCUCCAGCUUCUCUGAACUAAAUUACCAAAUAAUUGGACAUCUUAUCAGCCUUGAGGGACACGAGCAGCCCCAGCACAAGAUAGAAGUGUAAUCUAAUUUCCUUCAUUUUUUUUUUCUUUUUACUUUAUUCUAUUAAAUGUGUCCAGUACCAUGUGCUUUGGGAAUGUGCCAUAGCUAACCUGUGUGGUUGUUGUUUUAAAAUGGAUGAGGUUGCUACAGCAUUGCGGACCUGGGGGGAAAAAAUGCAGCAAACCUGUUUUGAAAGAAGGGAAAAUAGAAAGCUGACAGUGUGUGGAGUUUAUAUUUCAGAAAGAAGCUGGUUAUGUGGCAAAUAUACAAGCACAAAACCUGCAUGGUGAAGCUUAAGCAUCAAAAGAUUUUCUAGUGAGAGAAAAUAAAAUAAAAAAUUUUUACUGAUUAAUUGAUGGAGUGGAAAGAAAUGUAUGUUGUUUUGUUUGUCGUUUGCUUUACUUUUAUGUUAAAACAUUAAAAAGUUUUUUUCAUACUACAAGUCAUGUCUUGUGAAAGGCCUGCUUCCUGUUGUAGUCACCAUAGCUGGCCAUGUUUUGAGAAAUAAACAAAAAAAAAAAA